ACCACUUACGAACCUUAAACUAAGUAGGUAUGUACAUAUAAGAAAUUUAUUACAUAGAUAGGUAAAGUAAAUAAGUAAGUACCUACAGAACACAUAUUAGGUACUUAAUUAAAUUAACUCAGAAAUUCGACGGUUUUUUUUAUAAAAAGCGCAUCGCUUCUUGACCGAAGAUGAAGUAUUUCAAGCUAUGGUAAACCCAAUAUUUAUACAGAAGUUCCUUAAAACAAACACAAAUAUCAAUUAAAGUUACCAUAAAAUAUCGGCAAAUGAUCUUUCACCCACAUUAAGCUUUCGUCAGUCUACAUGGAACCCUCGCACCGUGAGAACAGAGGGCCGACAUCUCCCUCGGGAUUCGCCAGACUGGUGUUAACAAGCCGUUAAGACUGGUCACACCUUAAUCAUUUCAUUAUAUUAAUUGGACUUUAAAUAGGAAGUAUUUGUUAGGAAUUAAAGUAAAUUAUGUUGAGGAAGUUAUUUCUUCCUACCACUGUUUGCCCUGUAUGAACAUCGAAUUUUUAAUAGACAGUUUCCAGGUUAACUCCUUUUAAUGUGUUUGUUUCUAAAUCCGUAACAAUUAAAUAAUAAAAAGGUACCUAAAUAUUUAGAUCCCUUGUUAGUUUCUUCUGAAAUGAGUUACCAUAGAUGCCGAAUUUAAAAAAUGGUUCUAUGGUACGAAAAAUCUUAUAUGGAUACAAAACAAAAUCUUGCGUUAUGAAAAUAAGUAUUGCUUGUUUUAUAGAAAGUUUUAGCAUUAAUCAAUAUUCAAAGGCUAGGUAGACCUUAAAAAAAUACUUUAUAAUACUUCUCAAUCAUCUAGACUAUCGACAAAUACACACAAUUAUUUAAAAAGAAAACAAAAUAAAUGAUGAAAGUGUUAACAUAACAAAUUGGUGUUACGUAGCGUCCGAUCUGUGGUCCCCGCCCUAAAGCUAAGCCCCGCCCAACGAACGGGGCGAUGCGUAAGCGCAUGGUCAGAUUGAACGUAUAAGAUACUACUGAAACUGUAGCGAACAGACGUGUUAUGAAGAAAGUUAUUAAACGGCUGAAAAUUUGUGAUUAAACUUUGAAAGUUAGAUUUCAAUUACAAAAUUGGACAUCAAAAUAAAAUUCGACUAAACACAUAGUUAGUGGUAUAUUCUUUUAAAGUUAUUAGUUUUGUAGAACGGUGUAAAUUUAAUUAAACAUAACAGAAACAAACUUUAACUAGGACACUGAUAAUGCAAUAGAAUGCGCUGUGACUCCUUCAAGACAGUGUUAUAAUUAUAUCACAUUUUCGAUGUCAUAAAGUCAAGUAAUUGUAAUUAAACCAAAAAAAACAAUGGAAUAUUUAAGAACAACAUUCUGUCUACAAAACGAAGAGCCUCAGAAAUACCAAGAAGAUGGAGAUGGUCCUCAUUUUGAGCCUACUCAGGAGGUCAACCAGGAGUUCUUCCACACUGGUUACCUGCCUUUCUUCUACGACUAUAGGGCGGUGGACAGGGGGCUUUGUGAGGCUAGGGAAGACUGGGACUGGGGCGAGUGGGAGAACCACGUCAUGGUGAAGGAGGAGACGGCGGAACCAGCGAGGAGUUUUGCGGAGGAUGCCAGCCGCUCUCCGGGCAGCACUCGUAAAGAGAGGACGGCGUUUACGAAGGCUCAGAUCCGGAGCCUGGAGGCAGAAUUCUCCCGCGCUAACUACCUGACGCGGCUGCGACGAUACGAGAUCGCUGUGGCUCUACAUCUCACUGAAAGACAGGUAAAAGUGUGGUUUCAAAAUCGCAGGAUGAAGUGGAAAAGGACGAAAGGCGCAUCUAAACACACGAAGAAAAAGGAGACAUCUUAGAAUUAACACUUCAUUUAAAUAUGACCUAGAUCACAAGUAGGAGUCAUUAGGUGUAGAAAGAUUUUAUAGAAAGUCAAUAGAUUGUUAUCCUAUCAAAGUAGAGAAAGCUGUAGAAUUUAAGUAUCGAUUAUCACUAUGGAAGCUUUCGUACCUAUUACUUAGAUAUAAAUAUAUUUUAUUAUUUUGUAAAUAAAUGUAUUGAUUUUAUAUUUACUAGAAUUCAAUUGUACCACUUGAAAACUUUUUGGAUAUUUAGAAUUUUCAUU